GGCGUCCGCGUUCUGCCCAGAAGCGUGAGCCUCGGCGGGCGCCGUAGUGAGGGCUGGGCGGGGCCAGCGUAGGCCCAGGCGGGCGGGGCCGGGGCGAUGGGGAAUCUGUUCGGGCGCAAGCGGCGGAGCCGGGUCACCGAGCAGGAUAAGGCCGUCCUGCAAUUGAAACAGCAGCGAGACAAACUGAAGCAAUAUCAGAAAAGAAUAUCACUGCAGUUGGAGCGGGAAAGGGCUUUUGCUCGGCAACUACUAAAGGAUGGCAGGAAAGAGAAAGCCAAGCUUCUGCUCAAAAAAAAGCGGUAUGAAGAACAACUGCUGGACAAGACGGAAAACCAAAUCAGCAACCUGGAACGUAUGGUUCAGGAUAUUGAAUUUACACAAAUAGAGAUGAAAGUUAUUGAAGGCCUCAAAAUUGGCAAUGAGUGUUUAAAUAAGAUGCACCAGGUCAUGUCAAUAGAAGAAGUGGAAAGGAUCAUGGAUGAAACCCAAGAAGCCGUGGAGUACCAGAGGCAAAUAGAUGAGAUACUGGCUGGAAGCUUCACUGUUGAGGAUGAAGAUGCCAUCUUAGCAGAAUUAGAUGCCAUCACGCAGGAACAGAUUGAUCUUCCAGAAGUUCCUUCAGAACCCCUCCCAGAAAAGAUUCCAGAAACAUCACCAGUCAGAGUCGAACCAAAGCCAGAGCUGGUGGCUGCGUCUUAACUCCACUUCCCAGGGGACCUUGCAGGGAGCCCCUCAAUCCCAGGAUGCCUGGGCUGCAAGAAGCCCCCAUGGUUUCUGGUCCGCGCUGAACGACCAUGCUAGAGCAGGUUUUCCUGCACAUAAUGGAAGCUGUAACUGGUUAUUGUUCCCAUAUCAAGAUUAUUUUGUAAUGUUCACACUCAUCCUCCUCCUUUUUUGUAACUUAAAUUGGAUUAAAUGGUAACUGUCAAACCCUUCAAGCCAAAUGCUUUCUACAGACCAGAGCUGCAAACCUGCCUCAGAUGCCAGCACAGCCUCUUGCUAACUCUGUCUAAACCCCCUUGGUGUCCCUUUGAGUUUCCGGGCACAGUGAAGAGUUUUGAGCUUUCUGCUGGACAAAGGAAAGAACUGCUGGGAGCUCCUUCAAGCUUCUUUUCGACUUGCCUCUUCAGUCCUUUGGCUUUUCUUGAAUGGAUUCUCUUUUUAUGAAUGGAAGUCCUGAACAGGGGCCUCUACUUGAAUUAGAUCUGUUAGCUUGAUGCUGAAAUUGCUAGUGGACAUCUCCUUGUGCCUAGCGUGCUAGUUGGAGACAAAAUAAGGUUACCCAAUGUUUACUGUGCAGUUGAGAUGAAUAUACUUACAGUUCUAUGCACCAGGGAGCAAUGCAAGGCAGCUGGACUUACUCUCUUUGAAAACUGAAAGCCUAUUUCUACAGGGGCUAAAGUACGUGCUAAGGAUUUAUGUGUCUGAUCCUACACUAGCCUGCUUUUUCUUCUUUCUCAAAAAAUCCAUGAAAUGAAGGUGAUGAACAUCUGGAAGCUUCUCUAAAAGAGGAAGGAUGUGUUCAUUUCAAAGCAGCUUCUUGAUGCCUCUUUUUGCUCCCCAGCCUGACAUAAUUAUACAAAUUAUCCUUUCCUGUGGUGGGGACUGCUUAUUGCCUACUUUAUUUUCAUGUUCUUGAAAGGAGGAGCCAGAAACAUAAGCUAGUGCUAUCCACACAGGGCUAAAUAUUGUUUCCCACUUAUAGAAAACCUGACUGUCUAUGUAUCCCCCCCCCCUCAAAUGUUGUCAUGGGCUGGAUCCCAGUUAACUCUAUAGUGUCAUGGUUUGCCCUGCAGGAUGUUGAGGACUUGACCGGAGAUCAUGACCAUGGGCCUAAGCAGCCUUUGUGAUUGCUGUCCACCUUGGCUUAUCCAAAGGAUCCAUCCUUAAGAGCCAGCUGGUCUGUGCUGAGCAUGACCCUGUGUUUUCACAUGACAUGGUGUGGCCUUCCUCUGUAUGGACAGUUGAAUGGGUUGAUGCAGAUGAAGUCAGAGAGACUCUGAAGGCCCCUGCAGCAAUACUUGCCUUUCUGACUUUAGUAGCAGUUCCCACAUGUUGACUUUCUUACUGUCUAGAAUCAGCAGCUCACAGCACAGCUGGAAAAAAAUUCCUCUGCUUAAGGUGUCUCCUCUCCCCUGACCCCAAUCAUGAGAAUGGAGUUGUAUCCUUUUGCUCCUUAAAAUAUGAGAAAUAGCACUCUGAGAGUGUAGCGUCUUGUAAACAAGUCACUUUUCAGCAGAUCUUUAGCUGAGGCUCUGCUGAUUUUGAUGCUGAAAGGGUCCAUGGGUGUUUACUCUUCAAAGUGCUCAGCCAAUACUUCUCUGUUUUCAUCCCUUCAACUGCCUUUAAUGCCACACCUAGAGUCAUCCCUCCCCAGCAUGAAAAAGCUGGGCAGUGCAUUAGAUGAAUCUUAGUAGAGAUGAUAGUUUAUAUUUGAAGCACACUCCUUUCUCUAAUAUGCUCACAUGGCAGUUUCGAAUUGGAAGCAUUCCAAAAGCCUUUACACAGGGAUAAGGCAGCUGUCAGCCUCCAGAUAUAUUUUUGAUUGCAACUGCCUUUACCCUUUGGUUUGGUAAUCUAGGCUGUGGUAAUAGUAAAAGAAAAAUACAGCUGCCCAUCCUCCAUUAUUCUUUGAAAACUGAAAAAUUAAGGAGUGCAUUGUGGUUUCUUCAAGACUGUAUUUGGUGACAGUUGUGACUCAGUAUUGCUAUUCUUUGUUCACCAGGUGGCAGUCUUCUCCUUAUUGUUAAUCAACACUAUGACAAAACAUUUCCUCCCAAUCUUAGUUGCUUAAUAUUGAUUGCAUUGAUUUGUAUUUCUUUGAGCAAAUGGAAGAGCACAAAGCCUUUCUCACUACUGUUAUGGGUAUCCUACAGCCAUUGAGCUCCCUUGUAGGGAGAUUCUUCAUGCGCUCUUUGGGUCAUGGUUAAUAAUGUGGCUCAGCACUUGGGGAAUAGAUGGAAAAGUGUUUCUUCUUUCACUGCCAAUAAGAACAGGAAAGAAAAAAGAUCUAGUAAAAAUUGAAGGUCAGCUGUCCCUGUGGGAGACAGCAUUGCAGAUGUGCAUAGUGGCCUUAGACAGCAACCAUGGAGUUAACUAAAUUUGUUCCUCUGUGAUUACCUAGCCUGCAGUAUCUUUGAUGAAACCAUGUGGAAGUAAUCUGCCACCCUCUUGUAAAGGCUCCAGACUCUCCAUUUGCUGUAAACAAACAAUUUUCAUCUCUUGGCUGAACCCUUUGGAUGAGAGUGCAAGUGGCAACAAUAAAGUAUUUCUAAUGCCUUCA